GUGCUGCAUGUUUUUUGUCCCUUUCAUGGUGGCUGCUAUGGUCGUUGUUUCUGGAAGAUAUCAACAACAGAAAGCAGAGGAAGCUAACAGAGUCACCUGUGCUGCAAAGUAUGAGGCAGAAAGAGCCAGGUGCGCUGCUGAGGAAGCAGCUGAAAACAAAAGAGCCAGACGUGCUGCCGAGGAAAAUGUAGAAAGAGUCAGGCGUGCUGCUGAGACAGAAGCGGACAACGCAGGGAGACGUCGUGAACGGGCGGCAGCUGGGGCUGCAGAUGCUCUUCGCAUAGCAGCGGAAGCGAGGCUUGUGACUAAGCGUCAGUUGCUUGAAGGAGUUCGCCCCGAGUACCACCCAUCAGAGGAGGAUAUUGUGCACAUGAAGACCAAGUAUUUUUACAGCCCAAGCUUUCUCCACAUCGCGGUUGUUGGCUCAUCUGGAGUUGGGAAGUCAUCCUUUAUCAAUGCCGUCCGUGGCCUGUCCAACAAUCAUCCCAUCGCCGCUCGUGCAGGGAUUGUUGACUGUACUCCUCAGGUCACCAGAUACCCCGAUCCACGCCCAGACUCCCGGAUCAUUUGGUAUGACGUGCCAGGAGCAGGCACUCCCAAUGUUCCUGAUUGGCAAUACUUCAAUGCCUUGGGCCUAUACAUCUUCGACUGCAUCAUCGUGCUCAUUGAUAAUCGUGUCUUGGAAUCCGACCUCGCCAUCAUCCGCGCCUGCGAGCAAUUCACCAACGUUGAGGUGUUCAUCGUUCGCUCCAAAUCAGACCAGCACAUCAAUAACAUGGCGUGUGACCGGAUGUCAGGAGGGUUUGACCCUUGUGAUCCUGACGUCGACGACGAGACACGUUGUCAAUUUCUGCAAAUCAAAUCCGAAGAACGGACGAGGUUUAUCGACGAAACGCGUCAGAAUGUGCGAAUGCACGUUGAGAACAAGAACCUUGCUCCUCAGAAGGUCUAUAUCGUUUGCAAGGAUGCCAUGCUUGCGAUAUGGAAUAACUCGCGUUCCUCAAAGGCGAUUGACGAGGCAGAGCUUUUGGAAGAUGUUAAGGAACGUGUGGAUGCUGAGAGCGCACGCCUUCUCCCUAACAUCCGUUUGAAAUGCCCGUUUCGCGAAACGAGACAGCAGGGCAAUGGAAAUAUGGAGCUGAGUAUUCAGUCGGACGCAAGUCAAAGGCGUCCUGAAAAAGAGAGAUGGGGAUGUCUAGGUCGAGUGCUGCAGGGCGGCAGGGAUGAUUCAUGGGGCACAGAUCAGACGCGCGUUCGAAUGCUAUGUUCAGGCGAGCUCGGCGACGCCUGA